AUGACAUUGCACUUGAAUAUGAUUUCUUGUGUGGCAAAGAAAAAAAAAGUUCAAUUUUUUACCUCUGGCCGGAAUAAAAACCAAACCAGUCCCACCGCCAAAAUCGACGCCCGGAUUAUAAUCCUGCAGCAACCUCUCCGACAGGCCGGACUUAUUUGCUAUACCCGACAAGCUCUCGCCAGGCCUCAAAGGGUAAGUGGCAAAAAGCCCGUAAGCCCUCGACACGUGGCUAUCCCCGCACGAGCAAUUCACGGUCACAUUCAGCCGAGCAUCGGCCGGGAUGUUUUCAGGCGGGUAGAUAUUGAACCUCAUCAGCAUUUCAACCGUCGUCAGCUCCGCAAUCCUCUGGUAGGUGUUUCCGGGCCGGACCUGGUAAACAAACUGGUGGGCCAAGAGCUGGUUCACCGGCCCGCACGAGAAGGGCACGACCAGCCUGUCGCCGGCGUUGAUGAGGUCCCGGUUAGUGAGUUGGGGGUUGUAGCUGAGGAUAUCGUUGAUGGUGGUCGAAAGGACGGAGGAUAUGAAGGUGAGGAAGCUAACGCGUCGCAGGCACGGCCGGGCUGGGAUUUGACUACGGCCCGGAAUAUGGUAAGCAGCAAAAGCCAGAGGGGUAAGUUGGGGUUGAGUUUUUGGGGCAUUUUCAUGGAGGAAAGGUGGGAUUUUUUUGAGGAUGAAGCUUUUUGGAAUUUUGUCAAACAGUUGACCAAAUGUGGUGCCGUUGAUGGAGAUGAGGAGAAAAGAUGUAAUAUUGAAAAAUAUUAA